ACAUACACCUGCUUUCUGCCAACCCAUCCCUUGAUUACCAGUUGCAAUGGCUUUUCUUCCCCCUCUUCGAAUCUUCUUGUACUGCGCCCUGUGGGUUUUCUCGGUUGUACUUUUGGGUCUCACGGCAGCACGAAUACACUAUACUACGCACCUUGCGCCUCGCGAUCCUCUGAACCAUGGAAGGUCGUUCUACGACCCCAUUGUCGCUGAGCUGUUAGUAACAACCAUCUUGACAAUACUUUGGGCACCGCAUAUUGCCCUCAGUAUAGCGAAAGGAAGACAGGAAGGGAUCUUGAACACAUUUGCCGGAGAGCUUCUUGGCAAUGCCAUCUUGUUCCUUCUAUGGAUCGUGGGCGCUGCAAUCUCUACAUCGUUCUGGGGCGACCUAGGCUGGUGCCAACAAUACCAACCAUGCCGCAUUCUCUCGGCCCUCGUUGCUUUUGCCUGGCUCGGCUGGAUCUCUCUGCUUUUCCUCAUCGUCCUGAGCUUGAUCCACUGUGUGAAGAACGACGCAUUCGGAUCCCCUCUCCAUGGACGGUCGUAUCCCCGGGAUAGCACUGUCUACACGGCGACUGACAUGCGUCAGAGUCAUGCAUGAACGAUGCGCUGGACGCGUUGGAUGCCAUACACAUUUUCGUUUUGGUGACCUACGCGGCGACUGUUUGAUUAUUUGCUAGGCGUGUAUAGUGCUGGCUUAUUUCUGGACCUUGCGAGCUGGAUCAUUAGCCAUUGUAUUUAUAAGCCCUGGACCUGUCUUUACUUGCUUAUCUCGAAACAUGAAAGCUGUUGCUAGACUUUGGUGGUACGGUGUACUCCACUUCUUAUUUUACUCUUCCGGCCCGGCGCGUCCGGCCAACU